AUGGAAGAAAAACUCAACGAAAUCCAUGAGAUAUUUCACUCUGGAAAACAUAAAGAAUCAAUAGCCCACAUAAAGACAGUGAUCGAAGAAUUUUCAACAGACAGUUCAGUCUAUAAGGCAUAUGAUAUUCUUGGAAAAUAUUUACACUUUAUGGGACAACAUAUGGAAGCAGUUCAAGCAUGGGAAGAUAGUUUGAAUUUUUUGGAAUCGAAUGUUGAACGAGUAAAUGAACUUAGGGACGAGAAAAUUAUUGAUUGGAUCAAUAUUUCACUUCAAACAGCUCGGAUCGUUCAUCGUCUGGGCACGGAUGGACCAGGAGUUUCGUACAAAAAUCAUCGUGUAUGUUAUACCGUAUCUAAAAUGACUAAAGCCGAACAGGCAGAAUGGAAAAUUGAGCAAUAUCACAGAGCGAACGAUGGUGAUCCUCAAUGGCUCUACAAUGCUGCUGAAUGUUUAUGGCAACAGGACAAAAAGGAACAAGCUUACACAAGGCUUGAACAACUCAUCGGUACUGACUCCACUUUCGCAGCUGCUUACAAGAUGCUUGCGACUUAUUUUACCGAAAAAAAUGAUACAACAAGCGCUGAUGAAUCGAUGCUCAAGCAUAAAUUCUAUUCCUGGAUUCCAAGCUUCUGCCGUCACAUUGAAUACAAUCCAGAGAAUCUUGUCAUAGUAGAGGAACUGACCUCUGAUCAUUCAUUGGAAUGUGUCAGCACAACACUUGCGAACGAUGAGUCAAGACGAUCCACAGAAUUUUUGGCGGCCAUUUGCUAUCAUCACUAUCACGGAUCGGUAGAAAACAAAGCAUUCGCAGAAUUGGAAAAACGAGGCAAAGCAUCUGAAGGUGCUGAAAGAGACUUCAUUGGGUCCACGCUUAUGCAUCUUAUAGAAAAUCAUCAGACUGUGUGUACAGUGAAAGGUGCAGCAAAAGCAUUGGCCGGAAUGAAGUAUGAAAAUGUAUUUGAAGUGUUGGAACGUUUAUUGCCUCAAGAUGUAAAUCCUUUCUUUCCUAUGAAUAUACCAACAGCUCUCGGAAAAUUAGGUGAUCCAAGAGCUAUUCCUCUUCUUGUGAAAAUAAUUGAACACACAAUGGACGAAGAAAAUGAGGAUAGCGACUCAUCCGACGGGUUAUUUUCAUCAGGUGGAAAAGGUCGAUUAGUCGUGGAGUCUUGCUUAGCACUCGCAUCUUUUAUCGGUAAGUUGUUUUUGUGUAUUGUUUUUUCAUAAUAUUUGCUGAUUUGCUUGUUUUGAAGAUGAUGAGAAAGCAAAAGAAGUGCUAAUGAAUGGAAUCAACAAUCAACAAACUCGCGAAGCCUGUCUUGCAGUUUUGUGUCUUUGUACAGAUGAGAAACAAUUUUUCGAGGAGCUUGAGAAGAUAUUAGCACAAGGAGAAACUCUAGACUAUAGAGUAGAGGCAUAUUUGGAAAACAAUAUCAACAAAUCACCUUAUGGUGAUCAACUUUUGAAGCUGAAUGAAGAAAUCCGUAUGAAGAAAAAAGCGCAAACCCAAGACGACGAUGAUGAAUAAUAAUUUUUGUAUAUCCAAUAAUGUUUUUAAACAUUUUUCGCAAUAAACUCCUUACAUAUAUCGAAAGAAUGCAUUGAAAGUGGGUAUGACCGCAAGAGUUACCCUCAAAUCCACAUUCGCUAUUCACCCUUAGAAACAAUAUUCAAUCGAAGGUAGUCGAUUGAAGAUUUUCUUAUUCGUUUUCGAUCUCUGCUGUGAAUACGAUAUGUGAACUUAAACGAUGAAUUUACGUACAGCAGGAAAUAUCAGAGAACAAAACUUAUUAUGCAAAAGAGUUCUUAUGUUAAAACUGAAUUUUUGGCAAAAAAAUUAGUUAAUUCUAAACUGACUUCGAAAUUGAUACUGUGUAGGGUUCUAAUGAUUAUAGCAACAAAAACAUUAGGACAAUAGCAAUUACUAUAGCGAAUCUAAUACAAUUGGUACUACUUUCACUUUUCUCUGUCACAAAAGUCUAGAUAAUAAUUCUUAAAAGCUAUUAUUGUGACUUUCUUGUUUUUUCUACUUUGCUGCUGGACACAAGAAUCUUCCAUAUCAUUUAUCACGUUCCAAUCCCACAAUAGGACAGGCAUUACACUUUUUGUUUUGUAUUAUUCGUCGGUGAACCUUCUGGUAAAAAACUGAGCUUAACGAAAUCUCAGAAGAAAGACAAAAAUGAGAAAUACUAAGACUAUAAUUAUUUCUAAAACAAUCAUCAAUAGUACUGUCUUUUUAACAACUUUAAUCCCAAAUGAUCAUGCCUGGUAUAUGUUGUGUAAAAAGUUGUAAAAAUUUAUAAUAUUGAUAGUAUACGGGGAUGAACUAAAUUAGAGGAAGUUUUCAGACGUUCUAUGAGUAAUACACACACACAAGUAUAAUGAUGUUUUGAAAUUCUACUUUUCGAGUAGUCAGUAUAUGUUGGCACUACAUUCUGAUAAGUCAAUAAACGAAUCCAAAAAUACUUUUAUUAUGCAGUAAAAGAUUACUAGUCACAUAGGAUUUGGAUAAAUGAAGAAAAUGAUGUAAAGUCAGACUUUGAGGAACAAUCGAUCUAUGACUAUUGUUGAUUAUAAAGUCUUGCAAAGGCUUCUUAAAGAUAUAAACUCAUUGUUAAAUGUAAAUACACGAUCUACACUAAUGUAUCAAUACUUUUAAGAAGAUCGAAAUAUAUUGGGCAUACUUUCAUAUAUUUGAGGUUUCAAAAAAAAAAUAGUUCGAUAGUAUCUCGCGUCACUAAUACUAACUCGUAUUCAUGAACUACUCAAAACACUAAUAUAAUCAUAGAUGAAUUCAAAAUUUUAAUAUGAUAUACACUUGUUUUUUAUGACUGGCGCAAUAAAUUUUGAAAAUUGAUAUAGACAUAUCAUCACCAGCUAGUUCUCUCUCAAACCAUUUUAUCAUUUUUUUUUAUUUCAUUUUCAAUUGAUUCGAAACGAAAACCAACGAAAUCGAAAUUUGUUAUAAUUAGAAUUUGAUAAUACGAAAUAGGAUCUUAUCAUGUACAUCAGUUUCUCUCUUGUUAUUUUUUGUAUGUUGUAAUCAAUUCCAUGUUUUUUCUUUACGACGUUACUUUUUCUCAUCUUCUAUAUCAGUUAAUAGAACAAAAAAAAAAAAAAAAGAUAAAAACUAUUUUAAGAUCUAACACGAUCAAAAUUCUUUUCAUUAAUAACUUCCAACUAUGCAGAGUAAGACGCAGGAUUGUAUGCUUCUGGUUAUUUUUAUUCUUCUACUUAAAAUGGUAAAAUCCAAACCAAUUAACGAAUACUCAUCGGACUAUAAGAAAAGAUCACUAAAUAAAGACAAUGAUGAUGACAACGUUGCUGUAAAAACAAACAAAGAUGCUUUCAAAUUUCUCACUCAAUUUGGCUAUAAUCCAUGUGAAAGUUCCGCUGAUUCCAAGUCGAGUCAUUCUACAGGUCUAUCCUGUCAAGUGAGCAUGGAAUCCAUGUUGGAAAGCUUUCAAAGAAAGUAUCAUCUACCUGUAACCAAGAAGCUUGAUGUUCCUACGUUAAAGAUGAUGAAUACACCACGAUGUGGUGUAUCUGAUUUUCUAUCGGAAAUUAUUGAUCGCAGUAGCCUUUGGUAAUAUUUCAUUUUACUGUCUUAUUUUCUUAUGGUGACAGUAGUCGUAUUUUAGGAUAUUCCGUAAAAUGUUGUUGCGAGAGUUUUUCCAGAUAUUAGCUUCCGAUGACAUGAAUUCUAGUUUAUAUAAUCAUAACAAAUGUGCAAUUGAAUAAGCUCUUUUCUCUCGUUUUGCAGCAAAAACGAGUGUAAAAGAAAACCAAAGUAUAAUACUCAUUAUAAAUGCUUACGUAACGAAAGAGUUUCUCCUCAUUGUUUUAAAUUACAACAUACCGUAAAAUUCUUUACAAAUAUUAUAUGGAAUAUUUUAUUAGAAAAUAUACAAACUAAAAACUGCUCGAUAAAUUCUAGGAAUAUCUAACGUUGUUAAUAUACUUAACCGCUUUUGAGCGUGCCUAAAUUAGGUUUUAAGCAUUAUCAGAGAUCGGAAUCUAGUUUCAUAAUGUGAACGGUAACCUUAAUAGAACUGACGAGGGAACUACCCGAGGUGCUAACAAGCUUUUGAGCUGAAAUUUUGUCCACAAGUAGGGAAUGCAUAGACUAGAAAACGCCUAAGAGGAUAUGU